UGUAAUCCGACCGGUAAAACAAGCCGGUAAUUGACGUACGAACUGUGAUCGUUAUUGACGGUUCACCUUGGUAAUAUAAAUAUAUAUUUCCUUCAGCCGUCAUCGGGUUAUCUCCGCGAUCGUCUUUAAUAUUUUCUUCAACACCCCACUUCGUAUACUAACGUACCUACGCGAAAAAAAAAAAAAAAGUCGAAAAAUAUAAUAAUAUCGUUACCACAUUCACUCAGUCAGCCAAAACUCUGGCACACUCCUCCGGUUCGAUACGGUACGGUCGAUUGUGUUUCUGGUGAAAAAAAAAAAGCCGAAAACGUUUAAAACAAAAAAUACCUACAUUUCCCCGCAAACCUCGUUCGAAAACAAACAAACAUGUCUAAAGCAGUAUAUCAACAUGACAAUACUUCCACUCACUUAGAUUAUAUGUCCUCGCUCGAUAUCGAUGUCGAAGCUCAGUUCGUUCGUCUCUCUGGUAUCAUUUGCACUAUCGGGCCAGCGUCUGUCGCCGUGGAGACACUUGAAGAAAUGAUCGACUCCGGCAUGAAUGUUGGUCGAUUAAAUUUCUCUCAUGGAUCUCAUGAAUACCACGCUAAUACUAUUAAGAACUUGAGACAAGCCGCUGAAAACUACGGUAAAAAGAUUGGCAUUUACUGUCCAUUGGCUGUUGCUUUGGAUACUAAAGGGCCUGAAAUCAGAACUGGAUUGUUGGAAGGCGGUGGAUCUGCUGAGAUCGAACUAAAGAAAGGUGACACUAUUCGUCUGACAACCGACAAAGACUUUGAAUCUCGCGGAACCGCUACUGAAGUGUAUGUAGAUUACCCUAAUAUCACAAAAGUAGUAAAACCAGGCAACCGAGUGUUUGUUGAUGAUGGUCUUAUUUCUUUGAUUGUGAAACAAAUUGGAAGCAACUAUGUUGUUUGUACAAUUGAGAAUGGUGGAUCAUUGGGAAGUCGCAAAGGUGUUAACUUACCCGGUGUUCCUGUUGAUCUUCCGGCUGUAUCCGAAAAAGAUAAAAGCGAUUUGCAGUUUGGAGUUGAACAAGGCGUGGACAUGAUUUUUGCAUCAUUCAUCCGUGAAGCAUCUGCUAUUAAGGAAAUCAGAGAAAUUUUAGGUGAAAAAGGAAAAAAUAUCCUUAUCAUAUCGAAAAUCGAAAACCACCAAGGCAUGAAGAACUUGCAAGAAAUCAUUGAGGCGUCUGAUGGUAUCAUGGUCGCUAGAGGUGAUUUGGGUAUUGAAAUCCCACCAGAAAAAGUCUUCCUUGCACAAAAAGCUAUGAUCGCCCGUUGCAACAAAGCCGGUAAACCAGCAAUUUGCGCUACUCAAAUGUUGGAAUCUAUGAUCAAGAAACCCCGUGCAACCAGGGCUGAAUCAUCUGACGUCGCCAAUGCUAUUUUGGAUGGAGCCGAUUGUGUCAUGUUAUCUGGCGAAACCGCUAAAGGUGAAUAUCCUUUAGAAUGCGUUCGAACAAUGGCCACUAUCUGCAAGGAAGCUGAGACUGCGGUUUGGCAAAAACAAUUGUACUCCGAUUUAUCAUCUGCUGUUGUUUUACCGUUGGGCGCUUCUCACACUACUGCUAUCGCCGCCGUGGAUGCCGCUAACAAAUGUAAGGCCGCUGCAAUUAUCGUUCUUACAACGUCGGGCAACUCUGCUCACCUUCUUUCCAAGUACCGUCCUCGUAGUCCUAUCGUAGCUGUGACCAGGAACGCUCAAGUUGCUCGUCAAUGUCACAUCUACCGUGGUAUUCUGCCUUUGUACUACAAUGAACAACCGUCAUCAGACUGGUUGAAGGACAUUGACAACCGUGUCGUUCAUGCGAUCAAGUUCGGUAAGGCUCGUGGUUUCAUUCAAUCCGGAGAUCCAGUUGUUAUCGUCACUGGAUGGAAGAAGGGAUCCGGAUACACCAACACUUUACGCAUUGUGUAUGUACCCGAUCAAGAAGAAUUUUGCCUCAUAAAAUUAUAAAUUAACGAAUGUAAUUGGGCACUAGGUAUUAAACAUAUUGUGGUUUUUUUUUACUUAGCAUUUGUGGUAUAAAACCCUCCUAAGAUAGAUUAAUAAAUUAAUGUAUUCAAUUAAA